UUGAUAAUCAAUCCUCUUUUAUCUAUCAAGCACCACUACAUCCUCUUCAUCUUCUUCUUCCUCACUCCCUUCUGCAAAAAUGUCGCGGGGAACAGACAAGCUGGUUCGGAGCAUCCAGAGAUUCAUGGACUUGCAGUACAAGAACUUAUCGCGUCGCUACGGCCACCAAUUCAUGGACAUCCUCGAAUUCCCCGUCAAAGUCGUCCUCGCCCCCUUCACUCUCCCCUUCGACAUCGCCGGCUCCGCCCCCCGCGGCUUCGGCGUCCCCGAGUUCAUCUCCAAGCUCUCCUACUCCGCCAUUUUCGCAAUUGCUACUCUUGGGACUUAUGAUAUUGCAAUCGAAUUGGGAAAGAAGGUUUUAUGUCAGAGGAACUGUCGAACUUGCUGUGGUUGGCAGGCUAUGCAGUGCACCAUGUGCAGAGGCUCUGGAAGGGUGCAAUACCAAGUAAAGAAUUAUACUUUGAGAAGUGGUGAGAAGGCAACAGCUGAAAAUAUUGCUGAUGCAGUCGCUGAUAACCGAGCUGAGUUGGUUCACCUUCCUUCGAGUCUCAACCACUUACCCUUGCCAUCUAAAGAAUGUCCAGAUUGUAAUGGAUCGGGGGUCAUGAAAUGUCCCGAAUGCAAAGGCAAGUCACCAAUUAGGAUAUCUGCAGAUGAUAUAAUGGAAACCCCGUGGAAAGCUUAUAGCAUCAUGCGUAAGAUGGAUUACCCUUACGAGCAUAUAAUUCAUAGUAUGAAGGACCCAAGCAUUGGUGCAUUCUGGUUGAUAACUUUGCCUCAGAUUGUUGGAGGUUUCGAAUAUGAUGAAGAUGUCAAGCAGAAAAUCUGGUGGGAAUACAAGGAAUCUAGGCGGUAUGACCAACUCCGAGAUGAAGUAACCAAACGGAAGCCUGGGUGGGAAUAUUUGCAAGAGGCAUUAAUCUCAAUUGAUCCCAUCCGUGCUAAGGAUGAUCCCGUCAUUGUGAGAAACAUUCCAUACCACAAGGCCAAGAAAGCUCUGGAGACAGAAGUGCUAAAGUUCAAUCCACCCCCGAGACCUGACAACUGGGGGGACUUGGACCUUCCACUAAAUGCGUCUUCUUGGACUGAUGAAGACCUGAAAGAUCCAAAAAAGCUCUACGAGAUGACCGUUCUUCUUAAUGCACAGAGAGAAAUUGCUGACAAGAUAUUGGAUGAGCAGUGGGAAGCAAAGUGGCGUGAAGAGAAGAUAAACGAGAUGCUGAAGGAGAGGAUAGAACCGUACUUGCAAAACAUCGACAAUAGUGUUCUUCCGAAGCCUAUAUUAGUGCAAUCCCAGCAGAAUCAAAACCAGAAGCGAAAUCAGGAUAGGCGAUGGUGGCGGCUGUUUUGAUGGGUGCUUCUCUCAUUGAUUAGCUUGCAAGAACGGAUUUAAAAUGAGCUGUGGCCAAUUUGCUACCUUCUCCCCCACAUUUUGUCUUAAACAAUCUAUAUUUUGAGUUUAUGUUUUUCAGAUUUUGAUGGCUA